AUGGAGAAUGCUUUGGCUUCGAUCGGAGGUUUUUGCUGUGGCCGAUCAUUUGUUAUUGAUCACCAGAGACUUUCUGGACAAGGCUACUGCUUCUCAGCCUCUCUGCCUCCUUUGUUGGCUUCAGCUGCCAUUGAAGGUCUUAACAUUAUGGAGGAAAGCUCAGAAAUCUUCUAUACGUUAAGAGAAAAGUGCAAGCGUAUCCACAAAGCAUUACAAGGUAUUCAGGGUUUGAAAGUUGUGGGAGAGAGCUUCUCCCCUGCAUUUCAUCUGCAGUUAGAGAACAGCUCCGGAUGCCGGGAAAAAGAUACGAAACUGCUACAAGAUAUUGUAGAUCAUUGCAUGAAUAGGAAAAUUGCCUUAACCCAAGCUCGUUAUUUGGAAAAAGAAGAAAAAUAUCUUCCACCGCCAAGCCUACGAGUGAUAGUCACAGUAGAACAAUCAGAUGAAGAACUGGAUACAGCUGCCUCUGUGAUCAAGCAAGCUACAUCUUUAAUACUAAAUUAA